AUGCACUGUGACGUAGAAACAUCAACCAAAAGAUUCGCAUUUGGGAAAAGUUUGUGAGUUUAGAGCCUUUUAACAAGACGUUUAAGAUGUCAUCUCCGUCGGAUUCCUCUUCCUGUACAUCUGAAAUUGAUCUAGAAAGUUUUACAGUUGACGAAGUGAUGGGGGAAUUGUCUGAAUUUGCGCCGUACGACGACAGUUGCGAACCCCUUGCUACCGAGGAAGAAGCCGCGGACUACAACGAAAGAGUUCAUCGCGAAGAAGAAGAGGAACAACAGUUUCAGCGAAGAUAUUCGGGAGAGGUGCCAGCGAAUGAAUGGUAUGGUAUUAUCAUGGAAUGUAGAUUUAUAUUUUUAUUUUCCAAUUUCAACAUACCCGUCGUUAAAUCGUGCGCGUGAGGAACGCGACUGUGUGUUUUGUUUAAGUUUACAAUUUCGUUGCUAUGUGAUUAACUGUAGUCCUGAUUUUAUGCGAUAGUUUUAUUGAAGAGUUCAGACAAGUAAUAAUUUUAUACAGACGUAUUUUUCUUGUGUUUGACGAAUUUUUCACAUUAUUUGCAGGUGUUCGUGCUCGAACUGCUCUGUCAGCCUUGUUACAAAAGCGCAGGAGUGCAUUUGCUGCAAAGAGAUCGAUCGCUGCGAAGAGGUCAUGGAAGAAGCCAUUGGAGACCGGACCUUAUGCAUAACCCUCCAUCCAGGGUUUGAAAGCGUCUGCUUAAACCGCCACGUAUUAGAAGUGGCUGCACUGGGCCUAAAAACGCGAGCUGGAAAGUCGUACACAACUGUUCGUGGGCAAAGCAACAAAAGUGAUAAUGAGUAAGUUGGGGUAUUGGUGACUUUGUAUCGGAACGAUCGAACCGUACAUAGCAUUGAAUAAUUGAUACAUCUAAGCUUAUCGCCGUGGACUGAUCUCAUAGAAUCACAUUUUUUAUUUUCUAAAUGGCUUUAUUGCCCCAACUGCUUAUUUUUAAAAGGAGUAUUUAUUUAUCUCCAUCCAAUCCCUCCUUGAAUUAACAGUGAUCUCAUUUCUCUAAAUAGAUUCCUGAGGUCUGUGGCCUAUCGCCAAUUUACAAGACUGCUGUGGAGUUAUAUUGGUAGUUCCAGGCGAUACCCCUUGCCCUGUUGUGCCUACAAUAAAAUCAGGAAACAAUUUCCGAGUCAAAAUGGCCAUUAUCGUGGAUUCGAAGAUGAAGAAAAUGAAUAA